AUGGCGGACCGGCUGGCGGUUGGGUUGGCGAAGUCGGUGGUGGUAGGGGCGGUCACCAAGAUCCAGUCGGCCAUCGACGAGGACGCCAGGCUCCGGCAAAAGGUGAAGCGUGACCUUGUGUUCAUCUCUAUGGAGUUCGAGAUGAUGCAGUCCUUACUGGACGAUGCCAAUGAGGAGAUGAACAAUAAUUUGGUGAGGACAUGGGUGAAGCAUAUAAAGGAACUGGCCUAUGAUGUCGAAGACUGCGUUGAAAAUGUUGUUCAUCUGGACGACAAGCCAAUCUUCUGGCGCAGGCUGCUCCCGUCCUGGUUGGCACCCCCUCUGCCACUGGACUUGGCGGUUGAGGAGAUAGAGCAUCUCAAGGGCAGGGUCGAGGACGUCAACAACUGCUACCGGCGCUACAACCAAAUCAACGACUCUGCAUCCAAGCUCGUCAUGCAGCAGCAGCUGGCACCCGCCAUCGCCGUCUCCCGGAUCGCAUUUCAGAUGCUCGAGGAGGCAAGGGGUGCCACCAAGAAGCAGCGAGCCUUUGGGGGUCUCACCCGGCUGAUCAUCAGGAAGAAUCAUGGGAACAAUGGCCUCCAAGUGAUCUCGGUUUGGGGUGCCGCCUGUGAUGAUGGGAUGACAUCCAUUGUCAGGAAGGCCUACAACAACCAAGAAAUACGCCAUGACUUCCCCUUCCGCUCGUGGGUAAAAAUCGUGCAUCCUUUCAGUCCCCACCAGUUCAUACGCAACAUGAUGACUCAGUUCCAUGCAACCUCUUGCAUGGAACAAAGAACAACCAUAGGUACUGAUAUCUUUGAGAAGAUGGAGGCCACUCAAAAGGAUCUCUUCACUGAGUUCGAGCAGCUAUUCAAGGAGAAGAGGUACCUCAUCGUCUUGGAAGGCCUGUCACACAUGGUAGAUUGGGAUGCUAUCAGGGCAUUCCUUCCUGACACAAAAAAUGGCAGCGUGAUCAUCGUGUCAACCCAGCAAUCCGAAAUAGCAACCUUGUGCGUCGGACAGUUAUACCAGAUAGUGGAGCUCGGGAAGUUCUCAGACGAGCACUCUGUUUGUGCUCUCUUCAAGGAUUCUGAUGGCGAUGAAGAUAGAGGCAAAAAACCAAUGGCUUCUAUGGAGGACAAAAUUAGAGAGAAGAAAAUCAUGUCACUUAAACAGGAAGCCAAUGACUGGAAGGAGAAGAAUGAUGACCUUGUUGGACGGGAGUCUCAAAUGACUGAACUUGUUAAAUGUCUAUCUCAGGCACGUGUUAACUCUCUCCCAGUUAUGUCCGUGUGGGGGAUGCCUGGGGUUGGGAAAUCGGCUCUAGUCAAAAAAUUAUUCUACGACACAGUGCUUCAAGGUGGCAGAUAUGAGGGCUAUUAUUGGGUGGAUGUAACACAUCCAUUUAAUAUGAGGGACUUAUAUCGGAUCUUACUUUCAGAUUUUCAUUCGGAAAAAGACCCAAUUGAAGUGUGUCACCGUCUUCUCAAGGAUUUGUGCCUCAUUAUUAUCGACGAUCUCCGGUCCACAGAGGAUUGGGACAUGAUACAGGCUGCUUUGGUAUCCAAAUAUUUAAAUAGCGUUGUCAUUGUCAUCACAACUGAUCAAACCAUCGCUGAAUAUUGCACAAAUACAGAAGAGCUCGUGUUAAAUGUCAAGGCUCUAGAAGCUAAUGCCGCCUUUGAUUUGUUUACAGAGGGAGUACUCAAGACUUCAUCGUACCCAUUCAAGGAUCAAGAACCGAAAGUAAGAGACCUUAUUUCAAAGUGUGGAGGUCUUCCCAAAGUAAUAUCACCUAUAGCUGGGUUACUGGCGAGGAAGACAAAUAAUAGGAUGGAAAUUUUGUGUUCUUUGAAUCGGAGAUUUAUGCACCAUCUGGAGACUGAUCUGAAGUAUGAUAAUCUACAAGAACUAUUUAGUUGGAUGCACUCCAUGGUGCUUAAUCCCCCAGCUUUCCUCAAGCCAUGUAUUUUCUACCUAUCAAUAUUUCCUCAAGGCCACAUCAUUAGGCGGAGGCGACUGAUAAGGCGGUGGAUCGCAGAGGGGAAUUCUAGGGAAAUAAUGGAAAUGCAAGCAGAGAAGUAUGGGGAGAUAUUCUUCUCCGAGCUCCUUCGAAUGAGUAUAUUUGAGCAGGUAUCACAGUUAGUCGUGACCAGCUUGCUGACUAAUACAAGGAUGGUAUUUUACAAGGCCAAUGGCUUAAUUCAAGAAUACAUCCUCUCACGGCAAAAGGAAGAGAACCUUGUGUUUGAACUGGGGAGCAGUUUUUCUCUAACCACCCAAAGCAGAGGGCGUCACCUUGUCAUAUCGACAAGCUGGGUCAGAGACAACAUUGUGUACACGAGCAUUGACUUCUCACGGCUACGGUCACUGACAGUGUUUGGGGAGUGGGAAACAUUCUUCAUAUCUGAGAGUAUGAACCUUCUUCGAGUGCUUGAUCUUGAGGAUGCAUCAGGUGUAAAGGAUGCCGAUCUCGUCAAGAUUGUGAAGCUUCUUCGUCGCCUCAAAUUCCUCUCUCUACGAGGAUGCAAUGAUGUUUAUCACCUGCCAAGUUCAUUAGGUGAUCUCAGGCAACUCCAGACUCUGGAUGUCAGGGGCACCUCCAUAGUCACCCUACCAGCAAGCAUCACCAAGCUACAGAAGUUGCAAUACAUUCGGGCUGGCUGCAGUACCAUUGUCUCAGCAUCAACCUCACUGCCUAUAGUUCCACCGUUCAGCUGUUUGCAACAUUUCUGUUGUCACAGACGAGCCGGUGUUCAGAUGCCUAUCUUGAUUGGGAAACUGACGGCAUUGCAUACACUUGGUGUUAUCAAUGUCGUUGCUUCAGGAGGGAAGUCCAUGGUGAACGAGCUCAAGAAGCUUACCCAUUUGCGCAAGCUCGGAGUGUCUGGCAUCAACAGGAAAAACAGUGGCAAGUUUUUCUCUGCAAUCGGAGGUCAUGUCUAUCUGGAAUCCUUGUCAGUUUGCCUUGACAAGGACAAUAAUAAUCAAGGUUGCUUGCGUGACAUGAUCUCCCUGCCUUGUAGGAACCUGCUGAGCCUUAAGCUAUAUGGGCUUGAAGAUAAGUUGCCCGAAUGGGAGGACGAGCAGCCUAUGAAGUUUGGAAAGCUCACAAAGCUUGAGCUGGAGAUGGCCUCUUUACCAGAAGAUGUCAUAAGGUUCCUUGGCAGGCUUCCGGAACUAUGCAUUCUUCGUGUCAAGCAGAAUCAAGAUGGUGACCUCAACUUCUGUGUCAUGGUGAAUGGAUUCGAGAACGACUCCUUUAAGAAGGUCAAGAUCCUUGAGAUUUCCUGCUCCAGCAGUUUACCUCUAAGUGUAAAUUUUGGAUCAUGGACAAUGAAAAUACUUGAGUUGCUCAAGGUUGAGUGCUACGGUGGGUCACCGCCCUAUGAGUUCAGUGGCCUGGGAAACCUAGAAGAACUCAAGGAAGUCGUGCUAGUUAACGGCUCCAGCGCCCAAGCACUGAAGCAACAACUCGAUGACCAGCUUGUCAAGGACCACCCAAAAGAAAAGAAGCCUGUGGUGAAGCUGGAGCAGCCACCACCUUCGUCCUGA